AUGUCUGAGAAGAGAUUUCGUACUGAAGAAGUUCUUGCUAACAUUAUGGCAGAUGAAAAUGUGGAUUUUGAAGAAUCUGAUGAUGAAAUUGAAGAAUUUGAGCGUUUAGCUGACGCAACAGAUGCAAUUACGGAUUCACAGACUCCAGUUGAUGUAGUGUUGCUUCCUCCUACGAAGGUAGACAGCAUUUCAGAUGAAGAGAUGAUAGAUGAUGACGAUUUGCUGCCAUCAAACAUGCCAAAUGAAGUUCCUGGAAGAGUUGGUGUUCUUUUAGAACAAGCAGACGCACGUAAUGAUGUUGGAUUACAAAAAAAAGAUAAAAAAUGUAAGAAGCCAGAACCAAAAUGGACCAAAAAAAUAAAUUUCACUGGAAAAUCAUCAACAGGAACACCAGAAAAAAUAAGAUCAAAAUAUCCAGAAUUAUGUUCCAAAUCACCAUAUCAUCUUUUCAAACUUUAUUAUGACAAUGAGUUGAGGGAUAUGAUAAUGUUCCCAAAUGGGAACAUGGUAGUUGAUGUGCCCAUUGUUCCCAUUUGGGAACACGCCGCCAUUUUGUUACAAAUAAUAAAAUCCAAAAAAAUACUUGUGCUAGGGUCUCAUAUUAGGUAUAGCUACCUAACUGAAAAAUUUGAUACUUUUUGGUAG